CGAGCGCGCUCUCUAUGUUCUCUUCCGGCUCAGACGGGAAGUGACGCACUACGCCCCGGAAGCGGCGCGAGGGCGGCGGCAGCGCGAUGGCGGUCGUGGCGGCGGCCGAGGCCUGGCCGGAGCUGGAGCUGGCGGAGCGUGAGCGACGGCGCGAGCUGCUGCUGACCGGGCCCGGGCUGGAGGAGCGGGUGAAGGCGGCUGGCGGGCGGCUGCCUCCGCGGCUCUUCACGCUGCCGCUGUUGCACUACCUGGAGGUGAGCGGCUGCAGCAGCCUGCGCGCCCCGGGGCCGGGCCUGGCGCAGGGCCUGCCGCAGCUGCACAGCCUGGUGCUGAGGCGCAACGCGCUGGGGCCCGGCCUGAGCCCCGAGCUGGGGCCGCUGCCCGCGCUGCGCGUGCUUGACCUCUCAGGCAACGUGCUGGAGGCGCUGCCGCCCGGCCAGGGCCUGGGCCCCGCCGAGCCGCCCGGCCUCCCGCAGCUGCAGAGCCUCAACCUCAGCGGCAACCGGCUGCGCCAGCUGCCCGCCGACCUGGCGCGCUGCGCCCCGCGCCUGCAGAGCCUCAAUCUCACCGGCAACUGCCUGGACGCCUUCCCCGCCGAGCUCUUCCGGCCGGGAGCGCUACCCCUGCUCAGCGAGCUGGCGGCCGCCGACAACUGCCUGCGGGAGCUCAGCCCCGACAUCGCGCACCUGGUCUCGCUCAAGACACUGGACCUCUCCAACAACCAGCUGAGCGAGAUCCCCGCUGAGCUGGCGGACUGCCCCAAGCUCAAGGAGAUCAACUUCCGAGGGAACAAGCUUCGAGACAGGCGUCUGGAGAAGAUGGUCAGUGGCUGCCAGACCAGGUCCAUCCUGGAGUACCUGCGUGCCGGUGGCCGUGGUGGUCGGAGCAAGGGCCGGGCAGAGGGCUCCGAGAAGGAGGACAGGAAGAAGAGGCGGGAGCGGAAGCAGCGUCGGGAGAGUGGCGAGGGGGAGGAGGAGGUGGGCGUGGCCAAGCUGAUGCUCAGGGUCCUGCACGUCUCUGAGAACCCCACGCCCCUGACAGUCAGGGUGAGCCCGGAGGUCAGGGACGUGCGCCCGUACAUCGUGGGGGCCGUCGUGAGAGGCAUGGACCUGCAGCCAGGAAACGCACUCAGGCGUUUCCUCACCACCCAGACGAAGCUCCACGAUGACCUCUGCGAGAAAAGGACGGCAGCAACCAUUGCGACCCAUGACCUCCAGGCAGUUCGAGGGCCCCUGCUGUAUGCGGCCCGGCCACCCGAGGACCUCAAGAUCGUGCCCUUGGGCCGCAGAGAAGCCAAGGCCAAGGAGCUGGUGCGGCAGCUGCAGCUGGAGGCCGAGGAGCAGAGGAAGCAGAAGAAGAGGCAGAGCGUCUCGGGGCUGCACAGAUACCUCCACUUACUGGACGGAAAGGAAAACUACCCUUGUCUUGUGGAUGCAGAUGGAGAUGUGAUUUCCUUCCCACCCAUAACCAACAGUGAAAAGACAAAGAUUAAGAAAACAACAUGUAACCUGUUCUUGGAGGUAACGGGUGCCACCAGCCUGCAGAUGUGCAAAGACAUCAUGGACACCCUCAUUCUGAAAAUGGUAGAGCUGAACCAAAGCACUUCGGAAAACAGAGGGUCGCUCUCCGACUCGGAGGCCGAUGCAGUUUCUGGACUCUCUGAUCCCAACAUGAAUCUGAGUGCUGGGAAAGAUGGACAGUGCCCUCUGGUGGUGGAGCAGGUCCGGGUGGUGGACCUGGAGGGGAGCUUGAAGGUGGUGUAUCCAUCCAAGGCUGACCUGGCCACGGCCCCUCCCCAUGUGACUGUGGUUCGCUGACUGUCCGCGUGCUGACCUCCGUGCUAGCAGACAGGCUGUGGCUCGACGUGGGUGAACCUGUGGUGGUCUCCGUGGUGGUGUUAAGUUAUUUCGUUCUUUUCUCCUGGGUAUUUUAAGUUGUCUGCUUUUUUCCCAGGUGACUGUUGUAAAGUGACGUUGUGUUGUCCUUACAAUACUGCCGUGAUUUUACUGUUUCAUGAAAUUACUCACAUGCCAAAAUAACUGUCCAAAUUGUUCUGAAUCAUGUAGCCACGUGGCAGAUAACUUUUAGGGAAGGCCCUGAGCGUGGUGUGAAAAUGCAGAUGUAAAUUCAGGUUAAACGGCAGGCAUUUCGUUUAGUGGUGGCUAUUUUUCUGCAAUGUGUAGAUUGUUACUUUCCUAGCACGUUGCUGUUGGAAUGCUUGCUGGCCUUCCAGGCGAGCUGCCUGGCCUGUGGGCAGGGGUAGCACCUGCCUCCCAUAGCUGGGUCAAGGGGCAGGGGCAGGAAUGACUGGCCAUCCUUGGUACAUCAGCUACGAGCACAGCAGGGAUCCCUGCCCAACCCAGACACACAGAUUUCUGUGGGUGAACAGGAAUGCUGGUCUGUGGACUGUCAGCUAGUGACUAGGGAAGGCGUGUCUCACACAUGACCCCGGUCCUCUGUAUUGUGUCCCAUUACAUGCCUUGUGUCUUUGUGUGUUGGUUUCUGUGCCCAGCACAUGCCUUCCAUCCCUGAAAUAACAGUUCUUGGUCCUAAGAACCUGGCCAGCUGCAGAGGGCCUUGAUGGCCCCGUGCCUUAACAUCUGCUUACAGAAGACCAGACUCAGCAGCCUUUGGUCGACUUUUACCUCAAGGGACAGUUAACAGUUGCUCACGCUUCCCUUUGGUAGCCAUGGCAGAGGAUCGCCUACUCUGUGACCCCACCAGAUGGAGUGAGGAUCACGCUGCCCUGGCCCUCCUGAGGCUCAGGAGGUCUUGUCACCUUGACCCCACCAGAUGGAGUGAGCGUCACACUGCCCUGGUCCCCCUGAGGCUCAGGUCUUGUCACCUUGACCCCACCAGAUGGAGUGAGGGUCAUGCUGCCCUGGCCCCCCUGAGGCUUGGGAGGUCUUGUCACCUUGACCCCACCAGAUGGAGUGAGGGUCACGCUGCCCUGGCCCCACUGAGGCUCGGGAGGUCUUGUCACCUUCUGCCCCAGCUGCUGCUGUUUUUCUCGGUCACAGCCCAAGUGUGUGUGAGAUUGAGAUCUAGGAGUUGUUUUAACAGAAACAGGCCUUCGAUGUUCUAGUAAACUAAUAAAAACCUUGGUAGCGACA